GAAAGUUGCAGCGGCAGCAGCACCCCAGAGCCUCCGGGACCGGGGACGAGGGGAGAGGGGGCGGCGGCUGCGGCUGCGGCGGCUGGCGGAGGAAUUGAAAGGACUGUAGGGGGAGGCAGCGCGAGCCGCCCCGACUGCUCCUCCUCUUCCUCCCCCUCCUCCCCCUCCUCCAAACUCGCAGGGCUUAGCUCCAGCGCUCGCUCAGCCACCAGGAGCACCCAGAGGGACGGGAGCCGGCCGCACGGCCCCGGGCUGGGUAGGAUCUCAGCCGCCAUGGAUAGCGACGAUGAGGUGGUGGAGGAAGCCGUGGAAGGGCACCUGGACGAUGACGGGUUACCGCACGGGUUCUGCACUGUCACCUACUCCUCCACGGACAGAUUUGAGGGCAACUUUGUGCAUGGAGAAAAGAAUGGACGUGGGAAAUUCUUCUUCUUUGACGGCAGCACCCUGGAGGGAUUUUACGUGGACGACGCCCUGCAGGGCCAGGGCGUUUACACCUAUGAGGACGGAGGUGUUCUCCAAGGCACCUAUGUGGAUGGAGAGCUGAACGGACCGGCCCAGGAGUACGACUCCGACGGGAGGCUGAUCUUCAAGGGGCAGUACAAAGACAACAAUCGACAUGGAGUGUGUUGGAUCCAUUACCCAGAUGGAGGCAGCCUCGUCGGGGAAGUCAAUGAAGAUGGGGAGAUGACGGGAGAAAAGAUCGCCUAUGUGUACCCUGACCAGAGGACUGCGCUCUAUGGGAAGUUCAUUGAUGGAGAGAUGCUUGAAGGGAAACUGGCCACCCUCAUGGCCACCGAAGAAGGGAGGCCACACUUUGAAGUGACAUCGGGAAGUUCCGUGUACCACUUUGAUAAAUCGACUUCCUCCUGCAUCUCCAGCGAUGCCCUCCUUCCAGACCCUUAUGAGUCUGAGAGGGUUUAUGUUGCCGACUCUCUCAUCUCCAGUGCUGGAGAAGGGCUGUUUUCCAAGGUAGCAGUGGGACCCAAUACUGUUAUGUCGUUUUAUAAUGGAGUCCGAAUUACACACCAAGAGGUUGACAGCAGGGAUUGGGCCCUAAAUGGGAACACUCUCUCCCUGGACGAGGAGACAGUCAUUGAUGUGCCCGAGCCCUACAACCACGUGUCCAAGUACUGUGCCUCCUUGGGACACAAGGCCAAUCACUCCUUCACUCCGAACUGCGUCUAUGACCUGUUUGUCCACCCCCGUUUCGGGCCGAUCAAGUGCAUCCGCACCCUGCGAGCUGUGGAGGCCGAGGAAGAGCUGACCGUUGCCUACGGCUAUGACCACAGCCCCCCGGGGAAGAGUGGGCCCGAAGCCCCCGAGUGGUAUCAGGUGGAGCUGAAGGCCUUCCAGGCCACCCAGCAGAAGUGAAAGGCUUGACCCUGGGUCCCAGAGACCUGGAGUAGAAACUUGGAUCUAUGCACUACAUUUAUCUGACAACGGGACAACCAGGGACUAUUCAUGCCAUGACAUCACAUCCUCUCUCUCUCUCUCUCUCUCUCUCUCGCAUACUAACUAGGUUUGACUGUAUUACUCGUAUCAGAUUUAAAAUUAGCUAGCCUUGCCACAACGCCCUACUGAGAGGUACUGUCGAACUGUAGACAGCAUGAUGUUCUUUGAUGGUGAAAGUCUAAAUCUGGACCGUGUUCAGAGAUACCAAAUGAUGAGGCUGAAAAAGGGAAACGGGGUUCUUCAGUCUCUUUUUCUUUUUGUUUUUUUCCAUGAUGUUUUCUCUAUGGCCAGUGCAAAUGGUGUUGUCACCCUUGCAUGUUGCCAACCGCAGGGCAGGAAGCAAUUACGUCUUUAUAUACACGUAGGGUCACUUGCCUUUUAACCUUUGAUCUGUAUCUCUUGCAAUAGAAUGGCUUUGUUUUCGUUGUUCCUCUCCUAGUGAACUGAAGCCCAGUCUUUUGAGUAAUUUCUUUAGCUUCACUAUACUAGCUAUACUUUACAAGAGAAAGCUUCCAAACGGAGUUUGCAUUCGUAGCGGCGUACAGGUCUCUCUGGUCCUUUCUCUGCCAUUUCACUCUUAUGUCCUGAUAUGAGGUCCUGGCUCCUCGGGCCAGACUGUUAUUUAUAGACUUGCUAGUCUUGCAUGUAAACAAGGAAAUCUUUGCUUUCAGAUUUGAGAAGAAGUGGAUUUACCUUGUUUGCAUCAAGUUAUGGAAGGGUUGUAAGAUACACUUUCAGGAAGAAGAGAGGGGAAUUAUUUCUAAGCAGUUGUUAUGGCAACUUUGCAGUAUCUCCAGUAGUGUUGCUAAUUUUUUUUUUCUUCUUGGGUACACAUUAAUUGUACAUAACCUAGUGCAGUCUGGCUUGUGACACACGCAGCUCAUUGAAUUCAAACACCAUAGCCAGUGUGCCAUCUAAGGCAGAAUGCAAAAUUCUCUUUGAAAUCAGUGUCACAAAGGCAGACGUGCUGACAUCACUAGGUACAAAUCAGAUCUCUAGCUAAAGCUUCUCUCGGCACAGCGAUUUCACAGCACUUAGCUGCUUCCAAGAGCUCACACCUGCGCGGUUAAUCCCGCUAGCAUCUCAGCCUCCUCAAGCCAUAUGUAACCACAACUGCAGAAGUACAGAGAAAAGCCCAUUAUUUUAGUUUAGCACAUUAGAUCUGUAAUGUAACUGGAUCGCUCUGAAUGAAUGCCGAGUUUGGGGAACACCUCCCUCCCCCAAGGCGUCCAUCACCGAGAAGGCCUGGGAACAACAGUUGCUGAAGCCUGUAGCCAUCCACAGUGCUACCUGUGGCCUGUGUCGGUUUAGGCUUAAAAGCUAAAGCUUUCCAAACUGCAAUAGAGGGCUCUGGGAAAGGGGAGAGAUGCUUGAAAGUAGGUGGAAACGGAGAGAGGAGACAGGUAGAGAGCUGUUUGAUAUUCUGUGGUCAGUUGCAUCUUGGUCUUCACAACUUUCAGGAGUGCUUUAUCUGGGGCUGUGACACAGCUUUUCCAUCAAGAGCCCCAGGUGGAGAACUCAGCCCUCAGUUGUGAUAGCCACCCCUGGGCUCUUUCACAAGCUUCCUGACAUAUCUACCGGCAGGCUCGGCACCCAGGCGAGUUCCCUCGGGAGAAACGUCCUCUGGGCUUUCGAGGAGCCUCCUGCAAAGAGGACUGAAUAGUUUUCAGACUACAACUCAGCAGGAUGGGAUGGCUUCUAUUCUGUAGAAAGACACCAUUCAGUAAACUCUGACAGGAGGCUGAGUCUGUGGGUUCAAAUUCUGAGAGGAGCUUCUCUGUAAAUGUGUCCAAAGAGAGUUGGCUGCUUUGGGGAGAAAGAUGGCUGAAAUUCGGUGACCAGAUGAGACGGAGGACGAGAAAGCAGGUCCCACCUCCAAUCGCCCGGGCUCACAGGAUUUCACACCUGGGGAUGGAAACUUAGCCUCAGUUGCUGUAGGGGCUCAACUUCUAUCCUAAAGGGCUACUCUAGCAAUCUCAUCCAAAUGGGACUCAAAAACAAUUUUGGGGGGCUUGAGGGCCAGUAAAACCAUUUAGCAGGUAAAGGUGCUGUUGGCAAGUCGAUGGCCUGAGUUAAGCUUUAGGACAUAUAUAGUAGGAGAGAAACAACUCCUGAAGGCUAGCCUCUGACCACACCCAGCAUGGCACGUACCCGCCCCUCCACACACACACACAUAUGGCUGGGAAAUCGAUCUACUUUUCCCAUCCCACAGUGGAGGAAGACACACUGGACUUCAAACCCAGCAGCAAUGUAUCGGUGACCCUUAGACAAAUCGCAGGAAGCAAAUCCUCAGAGCCGAGCCUCCCUGUCUCCCCUCGCCCUGUGUUCCCGGUGCCUUUCAGCUCCUUUUCUUCUGCUGUGUGAGAAGCCUGGGUGUGUGUGUGCAGAAUGACAGCCCAGCCGAUUGCUCCACCUCUUUCCUUAUGUCUUAAGUCCCUCUUCUCUCUUGCUGGACUCUGUGCCUUUCCCUGACUGUGACCCAUUCCAGUCACUGCCCCUGCCUCUGCCUUCUCCAUCCCUCUCCCUCCCCUCCCCCUUCCCUUGCUUUCCCUUCCCCCUUCCUACUCCUACCCCUCCCUCUUCCUCUCUCCAAAAUACCAAGCAUCAUCAUAGGUUGCAACUGUUAAAGAGGCCAGAAGGUCACUAUGGAGAAGAGAAGAAGACCGCAUAGGCGCUGCAUAGAGAAUUAGCUGCUGAGGGAGGUUGGGGUUUGCGCCUUGCUUGAACCAAAACGAAAAAGCCUCCGAACGUGCCUUCUACUGUAGAAGGAAAUAGGAAGCCGACAAGUCUGGUCUUCUCUCAGGAUCAUAAUCACAAACAGUCAUGAUUGAGAUUCUAUGUGGUAGAGAAGAAAAAGAACUGUCUGCUGUCUUCCUAACAGCUGGCGCUUGUCAGCCUGGGUCUCGAGGGGCCUCAUUCAGAGCUGUCUCAGUCCAACCCUGCAUGACUUGAUCCAUCUUUAGCAUCUUUUCUAUGAUGAACUAUGAUUACCUUGUGUUAGAGUUAGGAGUAGAAACUAAUCCACGGAGCAUGUCCCCCUAACGGGGGCAUACGCUGGAACUAACAAAAGCAAAAGAAAGAACUGAAAUUAGGACACAAAAGAACGAUAAGGUUACAGAGUAACAGGCGGAAGACUUGAGUUUCUUAGUACAGAUUCUUAUUUUAACCCUCUCAAUCCCUGAUCUCUCCAGCUACUAAAAAGGAAACUUUGUUUUUGUCAAGGCCUCUUUGAACCUGACUGGGACUAGAGUUCAGCCUUAUUCCCCUUUGGGAAUUCAUCAGACUUGAAAAAAUAUUUCCUUAUCACCAACCCUCACACACACACACACACACACACACACAGAGGCCAACAAGGCCAUGUAAUCAUUUACAACAUUUAAUUGUGACAAUUAAAGUUGCGUUGAGCUGCAGAUAUAGCUCAAAGUCCAACAUCUGCCUAGCAGCUAGAGGCCCUGGCUUACGUCCCUAGUACCUGGGGGUGGAAGGGUCAAUUGUGAACACUUGAAUUAAAAGGUUGUCUUAGUGAGACAGUAUGUGACACUUUUAUUAAUUUCACUUACUUGGUUUAAGAAAAAAAUCUAAAUUUCUCACUGCAAAAUGCACUUAAACAUUUUCCAAGAAGGUCAAGAAUUCUAGGCUUUGGUUAUUCUCAAAACAGCCACCUCAAAUUCUGUUUUCAAAGUGGUGAUUUAGAAUCCAGACAUCUUUUAUUUUAGACAAACAAGCAAAACUAUGUUGCAAGAUGGAUAGUCGCAAUGUUUCUUUGCUGCAGAUCAAAGGUUCACAAAUAUCUUCAAUUUACAGGUACGGGGAGGUACCUUGCUAGAUUCCCGCUGUGAGGCUUGGAUUGCUGCAGCGGGACAGCGGGGCUUGGACUGCUUUCCCUUCUAAAUUUUUAAGCUUUGGUGUCAGGGUUUUUUGGGUUUGGGUUUUAGUUUUGGAGGGUUGUUUUUGGUUUCUGGGUUGUUUUUGGUUUUGGUUUGGUUUUGCCGGGGUUGGGGAGGGGAGGGCAGGGGCGGUGAUUUUUGUUUUCAAAAAGACUCAAUUUUGUAAGUUUUAUUUUGCCAAACAUGUGCAUACAUAUUCAAAGCAAUGAAACUAUUUCAAGCCAUAAAGCCGCAGGGGUGGAGCCCUUUCCACAAAUUUUAAUGUGUUUGUAUGUAAAUAGCUGUUUGUAUGAAAUAUUUUCAUGGUAGAAUGAAUAUAUUUAAAUGAAGUUGAAUUAUUCCAGUGCUAUUUAAACACAUGACAAAAAUUUUUGGUGAGAAUUAUCUGAGUCUAUUGAGAUAUAAUGCAGAUCAAUUUUCAUUUUUAGAAAUCAAAAAGCCUACAAACCGCUCUGACUGAUGACCACCUCCUGGUGGGGUGGCGUCCGAUGUGAGGUAGGCUUCCCCAGUGCCUCAGCCGCUUUCUGGUGGUAAGUUCGGUGCUAAAGGAGACGUGUUUACCUUUUAGUGAUUCCCGCAGGCCUCUGAGGGGCCUGAGAGCGAAUCGAGGCGUUAGAGACACCGGUGCAGUUAUACGAGCACAAUUAUUUUUGCAGGGCAGCAGAAUCAGAAGCCAGACUUGUAAACCUCGGAGCUGGGAUUCCCGGCUACCUUCACUCGCCACCCCUAACUGCCUAGUCACGAUGUCAGGGAAGCUACCCUCAGUGGAGUUGGGGUCUGGACCCCGGGGUGGGACUUCACAGAUUUACCAAUGCUUUUUGCCUUCUGACCUCCCUCUCCUCGAGGGAGGAGGUGGGCAGCCGCUGGCAGGGGCCAUCCUCAGCGCAGUCCUUAUCCCGUCUCAGCUCUGGAAGACUAUGCAUCUAAGCACCCAACUUCAGCCAGAGAGGGAGACUUCCGCGGAUAAUGGAAACCCUUGAUUCCUGUCUGUGACUUUACACGCAGUUGUUAAAUGUCAUUUUAAUAUGAAGACCAUUCAUGAACCUAAUACCUCCCAACUCUUCCGACUCUUGAGUUACUGGAAAGAAAAAAACAAAACAAACAAACAAAAAAAUCCUUUACAAAAUGAUAUUUCACUUGAGUGCGUUCCCCAACCCACCUUUGGCCCUGGGUAUAACGAAACAAUAAUCUGACAAAUUUCACUGUGUACGCUAGCAAUAUGAACACUGAGCCAGUGCCCCCUUACCUACCUACUUGGUUACUAUAAUUAUUCUUGAUGCUACAGGGACUAUGUACGUCACACCUGGUGGUUGCAUAAGAGAGUUAUGAAGUUAUGUCCACGAUUCUUGGCUCCUUUCUUCAAAUGUUUUUUUUUUUUUUCCUCUUGGUUUUUCUAUGUUCUCUUUCUAUCCUAAGAGGCAUUUUCUUGGGUUGUGAGGAACAUUUAUGGAGUGGAAGCCAGGGGGUUAUGCUUUCGGCCUUGAUUGUAACCAAAAGUCAACCCAUCACAGUUAAAAAGAAAAAAAAAACAUCUUUGGUCUUUUGUGGAAUUUGAACUAAAUCUAUGAGCCUUAUUCAAUAUAUAAUUCUAUGAUUUUUUUUAAUUACGGGAAAUCAAUGGAAGAUGUUUACAUGAGUAAUGUUUGCCCUUACUGUGUUAUGAAUGAAUUUUUUGUAGUGUGUCUGGGCGCAUGUGCAAGAAAGUAGGAAAAAUGUUUCUGAAACAAAACUUGACAAAUAUUUGUAAUGAAAAGUAAACUUAAAGAUUGCUAUAAUUGCGCUAUAGAAGCAAUGCAAGUAUUAAACAAAAUAUACAAUCUCC